AUGCAAUGGCGGUCGCUGGUGCUGGGGCUGCUGCUGCUGAGGCUGGGGCUGCAGGCGCUGCUGGCGCUGCUGCCCGCGCUGGCGCCCGGCCUCUGCCUGCGCCGCCCCUUCCCCUUCCCCUUCCCGCCGCCGCCCGCCGCCUUCGGCCCGCCGGGCGCCGCCGCCGGCCCCGGCUCCUCGCACUGGGGCUCGCUGCUGCGGCGGGGCGGCGGCGGCGGGGCGGCGGGGGGUGACGAGUACGAGCGGCGGUACAGCGGCGCCUUCCCGCCGCAGCUGCGGGCCCGGCUGCGCGACGCCGCCCGCGGGAUGUUCGUCUUCGGCUACGACAGCUACAUGCAGCACGCCUUCCCGCGGGACGAGCUCGACCCCCUCCACUGCCGCGGCCGCGGCCCCGACCGCCACGACCCCUCCAACCUCAACAUCAACGACGUCCUGGGAAACUACUCGCUGACGCUGAUCGACGCGCUGGACACGCUGGCGGUAAUGGGAAACUCCUCAGAAUUCCAGAAGGCAGUGAAGUUGGUGAUUGACACGGUUUCAUUUGAUAAAGACUCAACGGUCCAAGUUUUUGAGGCAACAAUCAGGGUUUUGGGAAGCCUGCUUUCUGCCCACAUAAUAAUUACAGAUACCAAACAGCCUUUUGGUGAUAUGACCAUUAAGGAUUAUGACAAUGAACUGUUGCAUAUGGCUCGUGACCUAGCAGUGAGACUACUUCCAGCCUUUGAGAACACCAAAACUGGAAUCCCAUAUCCUCGUGUCAAUCUGAAGAAGGGGGUACCUCCAGACAGCAAUAAUGAAACUUGUACUGCGGGAGCCGGUUCCUUGCUGGUGGAGUUUGGAAUCCUUAGCAGGCUGCUUGGCGAUUCCACAUUUGAAUGGGUGGCCAGGAGAGCUGUCAAAGCACUCUGGAGUCUCAGGAGCAAUAACACCGGACUGCUAGGAAAUGUUGUGAAUAUUCAAACUGGUCAUUGGGUUGGAAAGCAAAGUGGAUUGGGAGCAGGGUCGGAUUCAUUCUAUGAAUACCUUCUGAAGUCUUACAUCCUCUUUGGAGAAAAGGAAGACUUGGAGAUGUUCAAUGAUGCUUAUCGGAACAUUCAGAACCACUUAAGAAGAGGUCGAGAAGCUUGCAAUGAAGGUGAAGGUGACCCUCCUCUGUACGUUAAUGUAAACAUGUUCACAGGACAGCUGAUGAACACAUGGAUUGACUCUUUGCAAGCCUUUUUUCCUGGACUACAGGUAUUGAUAGGAGAUGUGGAAGAUGCAAUUUGUCUCCAUGCUUUUUAUUAUGCCAUAUGGAAACGAUACGGAGCUCUCCCAGAAAGAUACAACUGGCAACUGCAAGCACCCGAUGUUCCCUUUUAUCCACUGAGGCCAGAGUUAGUGGAAUCCACAUAUCUUCUUUAUCAGGCCACAAAGAACCCAUUUUACCUUCAUGUGGGAAUGGAUAUUCUGCAGAGUUUGGAAAAAUAUACAAAAGCAAAGUGCGGCUAUGCCACAUUACACCACGUUGUAGAGAAGACAAAGGAAGAUCGAAUGGAGAGCUUUUUUCUCAGUGAAACAUGUAAAUAUUUGUACCUGUUGUUUGAUGAAGAGAAUCCACUGCAUAAAUCUGGAAAUAAGUACAUGUUUACUACUGAGGGACAUAUUGUGUCUGUGGAUGAACGUUUUCGUAACUCACUGUGGCAAGACAUCCUCCCGGGAGAAGAGGACAGCGCAGAGAAAAUUAAAACUAACGAAUUAAAGGCAGUCAACUUCAGUUCUAACUGUAACAGAGUUCCCGAUGAGAGGAGAUACUUACUGCCAUUGAAGAGUAACUACAUGAGACAGAUUGAUCGAAUGGUGGGCUUGAUCUGAACGGUUCUUCAGAGUAACUUUUAUCGUAUGUCAGGAGGAGCAUGGGAUUUGGCUGUAGACGUUCCUCUCCUCUUCAGCUACCCACCUGCAUAUGCUGAGUCACUUGGGUAUCCCCCAUGCUUGCUAGUUUUCAAUUACGGACAUGGAGGGAGAUCGAGUUCUCUUACGAGUUCCGUCUUCUGAACUGUGGUAACUCCAUGUGCCACCUGAAUAGAGAUUUCUUGUUUUAAGACUUCCUAUGAAAAAUGUUGUUGCAAAUGAAGGCUGAAUAUACCUUAAAAAAAAAAAAAAAACACAAAAGGAAAUUGGCAUGUGCCACUUAGCUACCUCUUUGUAGCUGUAUUACAAAUGUCCCUUUAGAAAAGGGUCUAGUAUUUAAUUUGAAAUGAUCUUGGGAUUGGGGAAGGAAUGGGAAAGUGCAAUUUCUUACACCAAGUUUAAUCAUUGAAUUAUUCAGACUAGCAAUACACAACCUUAAGUACUACUCAGGUAGGAACCCACUGGUAGUGGGUUUUGCUGAAACAAAAAUGCUGUAUCUAGAAUAGUAUCUUGCAAAGAUAACUCCUGAUCAUGUAAGAAGCUACCAGUAUAGUCAUGAUAUCCCUCAUAUACACAGUUGUAUAGAACUGCACAGUCGCAAGAGCCUGUGGCUACAGAAACCAGUAAUAAAACAAAUCAGGUGCCUUUUUUUGUA